AUCACAACACACGCUCUCUCAGCAGCUUCUACAUUCCUUGCAUUGCAACUUUUUUUUGACGACUAGCUGGUCUAGAUCACUCACAUUCUCUACGCAAUCUUUGACUUCUAUCUCCUGUCGUUGUACGAUAUCAUCAUUACCACCAACAUCAUGUCUAUCCGAUCGACCAUCGUGGCUGCGGCCGCAUUUUUCGCCACUGCCAGCUCCCAUAUCAUCAUGGAGCAGCCUGUCCCAUACAGUGUUGACAAGAUUGACAACAGCCCCAUCUCCCAAUCCCAAUUCCCUUGCAAGUCCCAAAAUGGCUUCACCGUCUCUCAGAUGAACAAGAUGGCUGUUGGAGAGCAACAGACUAUCAAGUUCAAGGGCACAGCAGUUCAUGGCGGUGGCUCCUGCCAGCUCAGUGUCACCAUGGACACCGAGCCCACUGCAAACUCCAAGUUCAAGGUCAUCAAGUCCAUUGAGGGUGGAUGCCCCGGUGUUGAUGGCCAGACCAGCGAGUACACUUAUGAACUUCCCAAGAGCAUUCCCAACGGCAAGGCAACCUUUGCCUGGACUUGGUUCUCCAAGAUGUCUGGAGCUCCUGAGCUCUACAUGAACUGUGCUCCUAUUGAAGUCACUGGUGGUGCCAGCGACGACUCUGCUUUCAACGAGCUCCCAGACAUGUUUGUUGCCAACAUCAACGAGGGGUGCACUUCUCCCCAGAACUUUGCUACCAAAUUCCCUAACCCUGGUGAGACUGUGCAGAAGGGUAGCACCAACGACUUGAAGGAUCCUACUGGUAGCUGCGGUGCUACUGGUUCUACUCCCGCUGAGCCAUCUUCCCCUGCUGGUGGCGAGCCUUCCCCUGCUUCCACAUCUCCCGCUGGUGGCGCUCCCUCUGCUCCCUCUCCUCCUGCCGCCGGCCAGCCUUCUGUCGCUCCCAGUUCUGCAGUUGGAGGCCAGCCCACCGUUGCCCCAACUCCCCCAGCUGGCGGCGCCCCAUCCCCCCCAUCUGGCAGCAAGCCUUCCGCCGCACCCCUCCCUCCCAACGGCGGCGGUGUCUUCGCCCCUGGAGCCUCGAGCGGCUCUCCCGCCGGUCCUACCGCCCCAGUCCGCCCCUCAACCUCUACUACUCUCGUCACCGUCACCGCGACCCCUACUCCCCCCGUCCGCCCUACUCCUCCCGCCGGUACCGGGUCUCCCGCUACCCCCACCACUCCUUCUACUCCCGGUGGUGGCUCAGGUACCCCUUCUACUCCUGGCGGCGGCUCAUCCACCUGCUCCGAAGACGGUGCUAUUGUGUGCAACGGUGCUACCCAGUUUGGUAUCUGCAAUAAUGGCAAACUUGUCUGGCAGGAGGUUGCGGCUGGCACUACCUGUGCUAAUGGCAGCAUCACCAAGAGGGGGUACAAUGGACGUAUUGUACGCUCGCACUUGAUGAGCCGUCGGGUUGGUCAUUACUAGGUUUCCACACUCGCUUGACGAGUUGUGGUGCUGACACAUACGUUCUUACACUCUUUUUACAAUUCUUUUCUUUCGACAAAAGGUCUGGGACCGCUUCUUUUUCUUUUUCUUCUUUUUGGGAGGUGGAUAGCGCCUACCCGCCAUUCUUUCUUUUCUUCUCUUUUUUUGGGAUGAGUUCGAGAGAACUCGAAGCUACUGCUGCUGAACUAGUUUGUUGUUGUUGCGCAUUUCACUGGAGUUUGAAACACAUGGAAGGGAAACAACAAUCGUGUUCUUUGGAAGACACGAAGGUGGGAUACAUAUAUCGGGCGUUGAACAUAGGAAAUGGUGGAGAUGCCGGUGUAUAUAACAAACCUCAGCUCAUAGCCGGGGGAAAUUGGAAAUUCAUACGUUG